AUGACGAUCGUGGAUGUGGAAAGUGUCGAGCGCGGGGUACAAACAAGAUUGUUAUACUCCACUCCGAGAGGAGAAUCUCCGAGUUUAUCUGUACUGACACUGAAAGGUGUUCUCCAUCUCACCGGCACCAUUGAACGACCGUCGAUAAACGGAUUCACGCUGCCAUCUGCACGAGAGGACGAGGUGGGUGGUAGUACGGUGGUAGCAGAGGGUGUCGUAGGUGGCAUAAGGGGCCCAGGCGGCGGGUGCCGCGCAUCCUCGAUGACGAUGGCCGAGAGCGCCGUGGAGGACGCCGCAGCCGCGCCCCCGGGUCCGGCCAAGCCGCCGCCACCCUCCUGUACGAACAAUAACACCCUUGCGGCGACAGCCAAUCGUAACCACCGGAACCCCCGCAAAAAACGAAGACGACUGGAACAGGUAGUGGACACAUUGCAGGCCCAUCGCAGUUCACCAUCUGAAGGUGAAGUGUUGAAGUUUGAAGGCAGCGGCCCCGUGUCCGAGGAGGAAGAUGUCUUUGGCUCGCCCAGGUCAUCGUCCUCACGAUCCGCUGUGGAUACCACCGCGGUGAUUGGCCAACUGCCGUUGAGGUUGAAGGAAGCGGAAGCAGUGACAUCAACCGAAGAGGAGCUCAACAAGAUCAGUCAACAGUAUCACCAUCAUUCUCACCGAUCAUACCGCUAUUCGUAUCAUCAUCACCAUCAUCGACAUCGUUAUUCGCCUUAUCAAAAUAACCAUCGAUUGUCGGCGACCAAGUACUCUGACUGUAUGUGCAGCCAGUGCUCGCAGUCAUUGGCUGCAUCGGCAGCGAUGAUGCUGCCAUCAGCGACAUCUCUGCAAACGCCGCUGUCGCGGACCAGUUUCACAUACAGCAGUAUAUACGGCACAUAUAGCAUAUUCGAGCAGUACAUGCAUACCAAGUACCUGUCGUCGUCGCCGUCGGGCGACACCUUCCGCGGACGCAGUCACUCUGACUCAGAUGUUGUGCCUAGGUGGGACGAAACACGGGUCCCGGCCGCGACCACUUCUUUUUCCUCUGUCGUCAGUCAUCCCCCACGAAGUAGCUCUCUCGAGAGUGACAGUACAAGUCCUCAAGAAUCGCCAUUGGAUCUCUCCAUGAAGAAUCUAAUGCUACAGUCUACUGCAGCUGCUUCGGCGGUGUCUAAUAGAUCACCGUCCCUUCAACUGCUGCCGUCCGGCAUCAUAACGCGAGGUUCCGUCAGCGUGCCAGUAGUCAGGGGCGAUGUCGCAUCACCUACGACGAAGGAAACCGUUGCGGAACGGUACCAUUUGGAGGUUCUUCCCGUCGUUGAGGAAAUGGCGCCCGGCGCGGACGUGGCUUACGUUUGUCCGGAGUGUGGACAGAUGUUCAGUUUGCACGAUCGUCUGGCAAAACACAUGGCAUCUAGACAUCGUCGGCAAGGUCUCCACGAUGCCUCGGCGAAGGCGUACCUCUGCGACGUGUGUCAGAGGAGUUUUGCGAGGUCAGACAUGUUAACUAGGCAUAUGAGACUGCAUACAGGCGUCAAACCGUACACAUGCCGGGUUUGCCGACAGGUGUUCAGCAGAUCUGAUCACCUCAGCACCCAUCAACGAACCCAUACUGGCGAGAAACCGUAUAAAUGCCCGCAGUGUGCCUAUGCAGCCUGUCGCAGAGAUAUGAUCACCAGGCAUUUGAAAACCCACAAUCGGGACUGUCCUAUCCCGAAGACCGAACCGGGUCUUCUCUCUGGUGAAGAAUGUUCCACUUUCGACCAAAACGUGGCAGCGGCGCCGUCAGCAGUUAUCAAAGCUGAAUGACAACGAUCGAUCGGAUGACCUUGGCUGUACUCUAGCUCCAGGUCCCAGCGAGGACAUCGCGGCAGAAUCGAUCGAGGGUCCUCAAGAAUUUUCGCGAGUCGAUCAGGACUCCGUGGAAACAUGCUGAGAGAGCGAAAUCGCCGCUCGAUCUCCAUGACACUAGCCGAGCGUUAGGAAGAAAUUGAUGCUUGAAGAGAUCGCAAUCUUGAUGGAACAAGAGAAUCAGCAAAAAGGAAGAUUUGUUUUGUUGUCGUAAUUCGAUCAUACGAGAAUCCUGACGGACACUAAUAAGAGUCUGUGAUCGAGUUUUUGGGAUGGUUAUUUUUGGAAGAGAUUGCAGCUAGACGUGUUAAAUUCAUUCUUUCGCCGCACACUAAAGCACUUUCUUGCAAAAAAGUUUAUAAUAUAAUUAUAGUAAUACAUUUAAAUAAUAUGUUAAUAAGUUUACGUAAACUUAAUGACUGUUCCUUCUUUUUUUUCUUCAUUUAUGAUAUUUUAUAAAUAAAGUAUAUUAAUAGUGUACAUAUAAAAUUAUUUAUAAAAUGAUUUUUUUACUUCAAGAUUAUUGCAAGGUGCGAUCCUUUAUCAUUUGCAAAUAUAAUAUCUUGCAAAUAAAAUCUCUUUCUCGUGCACUUAGCGAAAGAGUUAAAUUCGCACGUCGGCACGGAAGCAUCAUGGAGAGCUGAAUAAAAUGUACUUCGCUCUCGUGAGUAUUACAUUGUAUUAUUUAUCAAAAAUAAAUAAUUUUUUGUUUAACGAUUUUUUUGAAGAUUGCCUAAAAAUCAUCCCUUCAUGCGUCAAACGCGAUCGCGCGCGUUAACAGCGAAUAAUGCCGAACAGUAUUAUUGUACUUUUUCAAUCUUUGCACCCAAUUUUGCUCCUGCGAUUUCAAUACUUCCAUUCUUCCUAAUGUUUCAUCGCGACAAUGAUAUUGUGACACUACAACUUCGACUAAGGAACAAUCCGAGAGCAAUUUAUUUGCAUGCACCAAAGACGUACAUGUCAAAAACAAAUUUUUUCAACGAACUAAUUUAUCAACGGGUUUAUUUCUCGUCUUAUUUGGAAAUUAUAUAUUUUUACAUAUUCUAGGUAUAUUUCUAAAAUUUAGAAAUGUUUUUAAAACAAUCCCAUUUUUUUAAAACUCGGAUUUGAUUGUCAAUUGUGUCGACUGUUGUUCUCGGAAGUUCUCUGAACGUCAUAAGAAAAAUAUAGCACCUAGUCGGUUGCUCUCUUUGUACAUCUCUUAUUUUCUCGUUCUCGAUGCAUAAAACUAAGACACAUACACACAUACGCACACUCAUACACAUGCAGAAAAUAAAGCAUUCCUGCUCGGCCGCACAAGUACAGGCCGCAGUGCACGGAGAUACAUGAAAGCGGUGCUUAAAGCUUAAAGGCUCGGCGUUAGAAUCGUGUUUUUAUCGUGCUCAUAAAACGACCACAUGUUUAAUAAUACUGUAUGUACAUAAUCAAUUAUAUCGCGCGUCACUUCUUCGCGAAAGACUUUCCUAAUCUUUAACAAUACUGUGAAAAAAUCUGGAACAUAGCCCGUCAGCAAUGCGAACGUGCCAAAUUUUAGACGAAUAUUUCGGAUUGACGCAUACAACUCCAUUAAACUGCAUAUCGAGGUCUAAUAAAAUCCAUAAUUUGGAUAUAUCGUUUUGUUUUUCUUAUUUCAUAUUAUCAAAUUCUCUUCAGCUAAAAAGUAUAUUGAAAUACAAAUUAAGGUUGAAAAUUUAAUAACAUUUAAAAUAUUAAAUUAAUCAUGUCAAAGAUAUAAUGAAAAAGAUAGAAAAGAUUCAUUAGACCUCAGUGAGCAGUUUUCGGGAGAAUUAUACUAUUUAGAACAUAUCUGUCGGUCGAGCGCGGUUUGCGGAACGGAGAAAAAUUAUUAGUGGUGAGAGAAUAAUAUCGUCAAUAAUAAAAAAAAAAAAAAUAUAUCAAUCAGUCAAAAAACAAAAUCAAUCGACGAAAUAAUUUCUCUGAUUGAAAGUUUAUUUAUCACUAAUAUUUUUCUCAUGUGUCCAUAUUUGUAAAUAGCGAGUCGCCAUUGGUAACCUCGUCGAUUCGCCCGAAACCUGCUCAAGUUGUUAUUACUUGAAAACUUGUUAAGAUGGCUUCCUACAGAAGUCGAAAAAGCAAAGCAGUGAUGUAGUUAUAAAUGUAAUCGUGAUCAUUGUUUUGCGAUAAACAUUUGUUAGUGCGAAGUUGGGAAAUCGCCCGAUUGCAAGAAUAAGAACAAUGAAAAAGAAAUAAAUGUAUUCGUACCUGCAGAAAGAGAGAGGAGGGGAGAAAGGGGAGGAGAGAGAGAGAAAGAGAGAAAGAAAUGAUGUUAAAGCAUAAUAAAGCGUAUAGAAAUAACGUUAAUUAGUGAGUAAUGUUAUUGACACUAUUAUUGCGUUUUAUUAUUGUAACUAUUACAAUUAUAGUUAUUCGCGCCGCCGCAUGCUGAUAGGAAAAUAAAAUAUUUUUUUAUAUAAUGCAUUUGAAAAAAAGUGAGAGAAAGAGAGAGAGAGAGAGAAAGAGAGAAACGUAUGUAUGGUUUCGUGAAAAGCUUCAAAUAAGCUUAAAUGCAAAAUUCAGUUUGAAAAAAAAUAGUUCUUACCUCGAAAUUAAUGUUAAUUAUUGUAGUGUCAAACACCGCGAAAAAUAACAUCGACAUUAGUACUUUACGUUAUCGAGGAAUAAACGUAAAUUGACACGAUCGAUACAGUAUCUUGGAAUUUUUUUUUUUACGUUUUCCUGUAGAAGCUAAGUAUACGCGAGCAGCGGUCGUUGCGACGCAAUUAAUCGAAACUGGUUGUGGUGCUUAAGCGAAGAAGGGCGAAUCCGAGGUAUCUUUGCGCUGUGAAUCGACGAAGACAAUCUAAAAGUAUACUCAAGCCAUGAUCUCUGUACGGAUAAGGUCGUCAGAUCGAAUGAACAGCGGAAUGAAUCCGCUAAUGUUGCUCUAAUAGAGCUACAGAUUACGUCAACAGCAUUAUUUUUGCUAAUAUUUCCCCCACGUAAUUCUUACUACAAAAAUAAAAAUAAAAAAAUCUAAAAGCUGGAUAAAAAUCCGCAUGAAAAUAAAAGCAACUGUGAACAAAAUGUUCGAAAAUAAAGUGCUCGUGUUAAACUGCGUUAAAUGGAAUUUCAUUCUUCGCUGUUCGCUCGAUCCCGCGAAUAAGUUCGUCUCUCGUUUCGGAAACGUCAAUUCCACAUAGUUUUACGAUAAUAUGGUGACUCGUUGAGCAGCACGCGCCGACAUAAUACUCGAGCUUACUCGAUCGUUUCGUCCUCCGUAUCCUAUACGUAUUGUAUAUUUGUGUACUUCCCCAAUGUGUCUCCCAUUCCUCGUUGAAAAAAAAAAAAAAAGGUAAAGGUAUCAGCGCGCGCUGAUACACACGCGGCACGCGCAAUGCGCGAUACGCACAUAAAUGCGUAUAUCUCUGUAUUUUUGUAUAUCGAGGUUUUUUCUAAUUAUCUAUCUACCGGUUAAGCGUUUUCAGAGGACGAGUAAGUAGCUACUAAGGAGAAAGUAUUGACGCUCUCUGCUUGCCAUUUUACUUGCCCCUUUGAUCGAACGAUUGCUUGGAAAGCGGUGUUUAUCGUACGGUGCGACGCGCGAGGGAGGAUCGUCGAAUCGGAGGAUACUCGUUUCGUUCUUUAAUCGAUAACAAGUAGUCGAAAUACAGAUCGUGCGGUAAUGCGAUCGGCUAUUGGUCUAAAAUCAAAACAAAAUGUACUUUUUGUUUGAUUACAAAAAGAGUUGUAAACUUAUUAAAAUUAAUCAUGAAAGUGAAAUUGCUUAAUAUGGUCCUAGGAUUAUGAAUGGAAAAAUGUACAUCGCAAUAUGUGAUGUGCAAUUUAAUGUUAAAGUGCCAUCCAGUUUUCGACGCGUCGCCAGGCAUGUCUGUCUUUGUUUUAAUUUUUCUAUCCUUAAUAUAAUUAUCAAAACGAAGACAUCGAGACCUCUUACUCGACGUUAUUUCUCGCAACAAUUCAGCCUUAAACUGACAGAAUCUCUUGCAUAAUAAAUCUGUAGUAAUUUAAGUAAGAAAAGACGUGAGAAAGGAACAAACACGUUCAAUGCGUCUUCGGGCAGUUAAGCGAUCGCCGUGCCAGACCUGUUCUUGUAAUUAUUAACAAGUAUAGCCAUUCGUAUGAUUAUUAUUAUUUCUAUUAUUAAUAUUAUUAAUUAUUAUUAAUAUUAUUAUUAUCUCUAGUUAUGUUGUUAAGUAAUUAAUCAUGUUUAAUGCUUCUAUUAUUUAUUUUGUUAUCCCGUUCAUGAGUCAAGCUUUUUAUUUUCCUUUCCUGUAUCUGUUCUUUCCUCCUAUUUCGCUUAUUCUUUUCUUUAUCUCCAUCCUAAUAAUUUUUACUUAUCUUCAUUUACUGUCAUUUUUCAUCACUGAAUCGGAAGAAGGGAGAGGAAAUUCAACACAAAAAAAAUUUGUCACUAUCGUUGAAUAUUUAUUACGUUUUUACACAUGUACACACACGCGCACACACACACAAUUUGAAUAACUAAGAUUAAAACUAAUAUUUUGAAUCUCAAAUUUAUCUCCCUUUUUCCGGUUUACAUGGCACAAAAAAGCUUAUCUCCGAAGAGAUUUUGAUCUCGAAUUCCCAAACAAAAGCAUAUCUUUUGUAAUGAUGAAACACUAAUGAAAAUUUGUGUAAAUGAUUGAUGAUGAUUGUGUACGUUAAUUUAUAAAUUAUGUUGUGUUUACAAUUCGUGCCAGAAUGAAAAAAAAUAUAAUUUUUCAACGAAUUAUCUCCGUACUUCGUCAUUUUCACCCAUAUGUUUCCCAUUAUGUUUUGUUAUUCCAUCCAUUUUUUUUUCUUUCGUUAAAAAUGUGCGACUUAUAUUUUAAUAUAAACCAUUUAAUAUUAAGUAAAUGAACCGUGUGUGAUAUAUUUAUUGAAAAAUUUUUUAGUAACUAGUAUAUAAUGAUUUCCAUUCGAACAAAAGAUUAAAGACUUGAAAUAGACUUAAUUUGCUUUUAAUUAUAAUUUAAAGCGAUUAAAGUUUUUUAAUAAUUUCUAAAUGCUAAUUUAAUAAUUAUGUCGGAAAGUAUGUGGUGCCUUGCAACGUUCGAGAGUUUGUAUUUAGAUAAAUAGACAAAUCAAUAUAAAGAGAUGCGAAUAUAUGUAUCGUAUCAUUUUAAGGCUGAAACAGAGAUAAUUAUGUAGAAACAGGAUUCAAGCGAGUUAUUUUUUCAUGCGAUUUUUGGAUAAGAGAGUUGAAACUUUCCAAUAUACACGAGAUUAAAAAUUCGUAAUCUGUAUCUAUAUACCAGCAGUCAGUGUUGUGCAAGACAAUCGUGAUUAUUAUCUAAAUGAGAAAAUGUAUCAAAUAUACAGAAAUAUAUAUGUAACUAAAGCUGUUGCUCUAUUUAGAUUAUAUGAUUUUAUCACGUAUCUUAUACAAAGCAAUUAAAAAACAUUUGAUCAAGUGACACUAUCAAACUAUUAUUCUUAAUUAUAUUGCAAACAAAAAUUCUUAUUUGAUGAAUAAUUAAUUGCAUUUAUCUAUAAUGCACAACACUACUUGCGACAUAUAUUGCAGUACUGUAAAUAUUUCAAGGCCUUUAACAACAAGGGCAUACAUUCGUUUUAUCACGAUGUCAUCUUUGUAUCCUUUUCUACUGCCACGAAUUUAUAAUCCGCAUAUCUGUACAUCGAAAUGAGGACAAGAACCUGUAUGUUGCUGCACUUCUAUGAUGGAAAUAUAUAUAUACACGUUACUUGUUUCUUACUAAAGGA